GAGAGAGAGAGAGAGAGAGAGAGGAGGGCUUUAGAGAUUGCACUCAUUGUUGCCUCAGAGCGAGCGACCAGCCGUAGUGUGUGUGUGCGCUUGGGCCUGACUGUAAUGACUAAAAGCAUCAGACGCCUCAGCUGUUGAUACAGCCCGAGAGAGCGAGAGAGAGAGUGUGUGAAUGUGUGUGUGUGUGCAGUAGAGAGAUAGAGAGCAAGAGACAGAAAGAGCAGGAGAGUGAGAGAGAGCACUUGAGCGAGCGAGGGAGUGUGUGAGAGAAGUGCAAAAAAAGGGAAGAAGGGAAGAAGGCGGCAAAAAAGGAAGGAUACUACAAGCAUGCUGUGCUGUAUAAGAAGAACAAAGCCGGUGGAGAAGACCGAAGACGGUGACCAGGAGAUCAAGCAAGAUGGCACCAAACCAGAAGACAAAGCCCACAAGGCUGCCACCAAGAUCCAGGCGAGCUUCCGCGGACACAUAAUCCGGAAAAAAAUGAAGGAUGAUGACAAGGAGGAGGACAGUCCUGCUGCUGAGGCCAAGGCCGAAGAAAAUGAAGGAGAGAAGAAAGAGGAAGAGAAAGCUACUUCUCCCACUGCAGAGAAACAAGAAGCUGCCAAAGAGGAGGAGAAGGCCAAAAGUCCCACUAACUCUCCAGCAGCAGAGGAAAGCAAGGCUGAUGCUCCUGCCACUUCCCCUUCAGAAACUAAACAGGAUGUGAAGGAGGAACCAAAGGAAGUAGAGAAGCCUAAAGAAGCAGAAAGUGCCGAAGCCGAGGCAGAGAAGCCCUCAGAGAAUGUAGACGCGGAGGAAAAGGAGGAGGAGAAGGUGGAAGCCAAACAAGCCGACGUGCCUGCCACUGCUAGCAAGACAGCUGAUUGUGAAGCCGAAGUGAACCAAACGCAAGACAAACCAGCAGAUGCUGCGGAAGACUCCGAGCAGGCAGAGGGCGAUGUUUCGGAGGCGGCGAAGGAGGACGACAAGGCCGAGAGCGCUUGAAGAGAACCGCCGCUGCAACACAAUACCAGAUAAUUUAAACGGUUGCUCUUUUGCCCUCUGAUUGUCGAGACAGUCAGUUUAAAUUUGUUUGGUCCUAUAUAUUUUCUUUCGUGUGGCAAAACGAUUUUCUUACAUCUUUCGGGGGAGGGGUGUGUUUUGGGGUAGGAGGGGUGGAGGGAGGGGGAGGUUUCCAUACGCAACUUUUUGCGGCUCAAGCUAGCAGUGAACGUGCGAGAAAACGUGGCUGCUUCUUGGACGUGUGAGACAAACAACAUCGUACGUUCGACAACGUCACCAAAAAAAUAAUAAAAGGGACAGAAGACGCAAUUUCAAACUCAAAACCCGUUCGAACCUGGUUUGCAUUUCUAGCUAUUCCCACACACACACACAAACACACACACACACACUAUAUACACACAGACACACACUAUAUACACACAUACACACACACUAUAUACACACAUACACACAAACACACACACUUGCCUUUUUCCAUUUACCGUAGUAAUAGUGCACUGCUAUUUAUUAGGGAGAAGUAUUAUAUUAUUCCCUUUCAGUGUUUUCUGCUAAUGCAUUGUUUUGGCCAGCGUUUCAUGGAUAGCUUGAACCCAUUCGACUCAUUUGCAUGGAAAUUUUCCUCCUUAGAGGGAAAUGAAAAAAAAAAAAGCAUAUUUAAAAAAAAAAAAAAAAAAAAAACCUCCUCGCAGUCACGAGUAACCAAAACGUUGUGGCUUCUUUCUCGAUGUCCUCGGUGUUGUUAAUGGCGGUUUGAUGAUAUCGACUGGAAUUAUUCCUGCGCUGAUGUUGAAAAACGAAAGAGAAAAAUUGAACAAAAUAAUAAAAAAAAAUAUAAAUAAAACAAAUCAGCCUUUUUUCCUCCUCCUAUGUUCACGUGAGAGUGCAAUGUCCAGUUUGAAUCUUAAAAAGGAGUUCAAUUGUGGAAAAAAAUUAAAUAAAAUUUAAAAAACGUUUCAAUGUCUGUUUUCAAAAAUAAAGAAAUGUGCCAAUUAUCAUCACAA